AUGAACGAAAUCCGGCUUCCAGAAGAGACCGCGGAGGAUCGCGUGCGUGCUGCCACCGAGUUUUUGGAUCCUACUGACGCACGAGCACGGAGUUAUCGGGCGGAAAUAGUGUUGAUGCUCAAUCGAGGUCUUCGUCGACUUACAGUUAGCAUCGAUGAGAUCCGAGCACAUAACCGAGAACUCGCAGACGGUCUUCUCACGUUGCCAUUUGAAUAUUCCGAGGCAUUCAAUAAAGCUUUGAAAGCCGUUAUCAAGACCCUACCCAAUCGACCAUCUAAGGAAACAGCCGAGGAUGUGGUUUAUUACUGCGCCUACAUCGGCGCCUUCGGAGAGAAUGCCUGCAACCCACGAACGCUCGGCUCCUCCCAUCUCAACCGCAUGGUGUCUCUUGAGGGUAUCGUGACAAAGUGCUCUCUUGUACGACCUAAAGUGAUUCAAAGUGUCCAUUUCAGUGAGAAGACAAACAAGUUUUUCUUCCGAAAGUAUAGAGACCAGACUAUGACAGCCAGUGGUGCAACAAGCUUGAAUGUUUACCCUCAAGAAGAUGAUGAUAAGAAUCCGCUUACCACAGAGUAUGGAUAUUGUACUUAUAUGGACCACCAAACGAUCUCAAUCCAAGAAAUGCCCGAGAGAGCUCCUGCUGGUCAGCUGCCUCGUGGAGUCGAUGUGAUUCUCGAUGAUGACCUCGUCGAUCGUGCUAAGCCAGGCGAUCGUAUCCAACUCGUGGGAAUAUUCCGCUCUCUUGGAAAUAGAGGAGCUGGUUCGGGAUCAUCAACUUUCCGAACGGUCAUCCUCGCGAACAAUAUAAUCCAAUUAUCUUCGAAAUCAGGCGGCGGAAUUGCUCAAGCCACAUUGACAGAUACCGAUAUCCGCAAUAUUAACAAAUGGGCCAAGAGCAGGAAAACAAAGAUCUUCGAUAUGCUUUCCCAGUCAUUGGCACCUAGUAUUUAUGGCCAUGAGCAUAUCAAGAAAGCUAUUUUACUCAUGCUUUUGGGCGGUAUCGAGAAAAAUCUAGAUAAUGGAACCCAUCUUCGUGGUGACAUUAACAUUUUGAUGGUUGGAGACCCAUCCACCGCUAAAUCUCAAAUGCUUCGCUUUGUUCUUAACACAGCUCCAUUGGCGAUUGCCACAACCGGUCGAGGAUCUUCCGGUGUUGGUCUUACUGCAGCAGUGACAACAGAUAAAGAGACGGGUGAACGUCGGUUAGAAGCCGGUGCAAUGGUACUUGGUGACCGUGGUGUUGUGUGUAUCGACGAGUUUGACAAGAUGAGUGACGUCGACCGUGUAGCCAUUCAUGAAGUCAUGGAGCAGCAGACCGUUACUAUUGCUAAAGCAGGUAUCCACACCUCUUUGAAUGCACGGUGCAGUGUCAUUGCAGCAGCAAAUCCUGUCUAUGGACAGUACGACCCUCACAAAGAUCCACACAAAAACAUCGCUCUUCCAGACUCGCUGUUAUCUCGUUUCGAUCUAUUAUUCAUUGUCACAGACGAUCCCGAAGAUAAGAGUGAUAGGUUGGUAUCAGAGCACGUGUUGCGUCGACACCGCUAUCGUCAACCGGGUGCUGAAGAAGGAGUACCUGUCCGUGAACAAGCCACUCAGACCCUGGGAGUAGGACUCGAAGAAACACAAGAUGUGAACCGACCCACAGAACCUCUGGAAAAGUACAACGUGAUGUUGCACGCCGGGAUGAACGCGACUAAUAAGGAUGGUAAUGUAGAAGUGUUCAGCUUGGCAUUCAUCAAGAAGUACAUCCAGUAUGCCAAAUCCAGGAUCAAGCCUAUCUUGACGAAAGGAGCUGCGGAUCAUAUAGUCGCCACUUAUUCAGCACUUCGAAAUGACGACCUUUCCGGCAACCAGAGAAAGACAUCUCCAAUGACAGCUCGAACGCUCGAGACGCUUAUCCGUCUGUCCACUGCACACGCCAAGGCACGGCUAUCUAGCCGUGUAGAAGAAAAGGAUGCUAAAGAAGCAGAAGCCAUCUUGCGUUUUGCUUUGUUCAAGGAGAUUGUAGAAGAUGGCCGAAGGAAGAGGCGUAAGCCAACGACAUUUGAUUCCGAUGACGAUGACAUGAGUGACUCCGGUUCCGAGGAUGAUAGCGACGAAACAUCUCCCACACGAACUGGAGCAACUCCUCGACCUGGCGCACGAGCUGGCCUCCGAUCUACAGACCCUGCCAACAGAUCCUCAGAAGCUCGGCAGCCGUCCCAAGACAGUGACGGGCUUUACGAUGCCAGCCCCCGAGGCCAACGAUUGCAAUCGAACCGAGGCACGCAGAAUCGAACUCAGACCGAUUCGCAGAUGUCCGUGGCAUCCUCCCUACCAGCUUCGCAACUGCUUGUAUCGCAGACAGAGGAUUCGCAAAGCCAAUCGCAAGCUAGAGCCAGCUCCAUUGCCCCUCUCCAGCCGGACCGGUUGAAUACCUUCCGUCAAAUACUGGGCCCUCUGAUGUCUCGCGUCUUCGUCAACGACGAUAGCGCCGAUGUGGAAGCACUUAUUGGUGCAGUCAACACGGCUAUUCGUGCGAGCCAAUCAUUGGGUGAGCGACACGUCUUCCAGAGACAGGAGGCUAUCCAGGCUUUGAAGGCAAUGAAUGAGCGAAAUGAAUUAAUGUUUCUUGAGGACGACGAAACUGUUUACAGAAUUUAA